UAGUUUGUAGUCUGAUUUAAGAGUACUAAUGGCUGAUCAUCAAAAAAUUCACCCUGCAAUGGAUUUGGAGGCACCACGAAUGCCAACAGUGCCGCCUAUUGCGCCUCAUGGACACCAGCGUUCAUCAACAGUUGCACAUAAAGAGAUGAAUGAAAAAGGUCGUCCAAGUACUACUCCAGUUGAUCAGCCACAUCGCCGCCCAAUAGGUUCACAACCAUCACAGGUAGUAAACACCAUUCCGGCAAUCUCUGCAGCGCCAAAGCAACCAGAAAAGAGAAGCUCAUCAUCUAUUUGUUGCAGAUGUAUGUGUUGGGCGCUGAGCAUCCUUCUCCUCGCAUUGAUAAUAAUAGGAGCCACUGCAGGAAUACUCUACCUUAUCUUCCGCCCAAAACUUCCGAGUUACUCUGUUAACAGCUUGAAGAUAAGCGAUUUAAGGCUCAAUUUGGACAUGAGCUUAUAUGCUAAAUUCGACGUUAAGAUAACAGCUGAAAACCCAAACAAAAAGAUUGGGAUUUACUAUGAGCAAGGUGGCCGGUUGAGCGUGUGGUAUACAAACAUGAGGCUUUGUGAAGGGGCACUGCCAAAGUUUUACCAAGGUCACCAGAACAAAACAGUACUCUAUGUGGCCUUGACUGGCCAAAACCAAUAUGGAAACGUACUGAUGAAUGCACUGCAACAGCAACAACAAACUGGAAGCAUCCCCUUGGAUCUCAAUGUUAAUGCACCAGUAGCAAUUGAACUGGGGACACUGAAGCUCAGGAAGGUCAGGAUUUUGGGGAAGUGUUUGUUGGUUGUGGAUAGUCUCACUGCUAAUAAUUUUAUUAGCAUAAAAGCUGAUAAUUGUAAAUUUAGAUUGAAGCUUUGAGUUAAUUUAGCAGAAACUUAAUCUUCAAUUUUGGGUGGAUUAGGGAGCUGUUUAACUUUCCUUCAUUUUGUUUCCAUCUACUUACUGAGAUGGCAUGUUUGUUUAUUUCUUUUUAAUUUAUGCAAUUGUGCAUUUAAUUUAAUAAACAAGACCAGUAAUCAGGACUGAUC